AUGUCGACUUUUCCAAAUCCCUGUCUUGUUCUCUUCCAUGUUGUCAUGCUUUCUUUACUUCCAUUGAAGAUCACAUGUUCAGCAAGAACACAAGCGGAAGCACUCAUCCAAUGGAGGAACAGCUUGUUGUUUUCGCCACCUUCUCUCAAUUCUUGGUCCCUUUCUAAUCUCAACAACCUCUGCAACUGGACUUUCAUUACCUGCGAUGGCAGUGGAACAGUCUCCGAAAUCAACUUAUCCAAUGCAAACAUGUCUGGUUCCAUCGCUCAAUUCAAUUUCACUCCAUUUGCCAAUCUCAUGCGCUUCGACCUCAUGAAUAGCACUAUGAAUGGGCCAAUACCGUCCGCCAUUGGUACUCUGACCAAGCUGAUUGUCUUGGAUUUGAGCAAAAACUCUUUUCAAGGAAACAUACCGCUGGAGAUGGGUCGUCUAUCAGAGCUUCAAUAUCUGAGUCUAUCCCGAAACAAUCUCAGUGGCAUUAUUCCUUAUCAAGUUAGCAAUCUCCAAAAUGUAAGGUACCUCGACCUUGCAUACAACUACUUUAAUUCUUCUGACUCGUCCAAUUUCAUGGCCAUGCCUUUUUUGACACACCUCAGCCUAGCUUACAAUGAACUUCAAUUGGAAUUCCCUCAAUUUAUACUCAACUGUCAUAAUCUUACUUUCCUAGACUUGUCAUUGAAUAGCUUGAUUGGUCCAAUACCAGAAUCAUUGUACACCAAUCUGAGCAAGCUUGAGCAUCUCAAUCUCUCAAGUAAUUCCUUUGAAGGACCAUUAUCGUCAAACAUUUCCAAGCUUUCAAAACUCAUAGAUCUUCAACUACGAACCAAUAAGUUGAAUGGUUCAAUUCCUGAGAGUAUAGGAAUCAUGACUGAUCUUGAAACAAUUGACUUGUUUCAAAAUUCGUUUGAAGGGAAGAUUCCAUCUUCUUUGGGCCAACUAAAAAAGCUCAAGAAGUUUCGCUCGAAUGACUUAAAUUCUACAAUCCCAUCCGAGCUUGGUUCCUGUACUAACCUCACCUUUUUGGCCUUAGCUGGGAAUCAACUGAGUGGGAAGUUGCCUAUCUCCUUGUCGCAACUUACAAAAAUAACUGCCCUGGGUUUAUCUGAAAAUUCUCUUGAAGGCGAGAUCCCACCAUCUCUUAUUUCUAAUUGGACCAACUUAACGUCUUUGCAACUUCAAAACAAUUCCUUCACAGGGAGGAUUCCACCAGAAAUAGGCCUAUUGAAAAAGCUCCGCUUCCUCUUUCUCUAUAAAAAUAAACUUUCUGGCUCAAUUCCUUCAGAGAUUGGAAACUUGAAUUCCAUGAAAACUUUAGACCUUUCUGACAAUCAGCUUUCGGGUCCAAUUCCUCCUACUAUAUGGAGUCUCUCAAACCUUGAAGGUUUACAGCUUUUUUAUAAUAAUCUUAGCGGCACAAUUGCACCAGAGGUUGGAAAUAUGACAUCCCUGCAGUGUCUUGAUAUCAACACAAAUGUCUUUCAUGGGGAAUUACCGGACACAAUUUCUGACCUCACUAACCUAUUAGCAUUCUCCGUGUUCACCAAUAAUUUCUGGGGUAGCAUUCCUCGGGAUUUUGGGAAGAGUAGUCCUGGGUUGCAUUAUGUAAGCUUUUCGAACAAUGCCUUCUCUGGAGAAUUGCCGCCUGAAUUGUGCAGUGGUUUUGCUCUUGAAAAUUUCACGGUAAAUGAAAAUAUGUUCACAGGGUCAUUGCCAGCUUGCUUGAGGAACUGUACAAGGUUAAAAAGAGUCCGGUUUGAUGGGAACCAAUUUACGGCUAACAUCACGAAUGCAUUUGGAGUUCAUCCUAAUCUUGAGUUUAUUGCUCUUAGUGACAAUCAAUUUACUGGUGAAAUCUCGCCAGAGUGGGGAGAAUGCCAAAAACUAACCAAUCUACAAAUGGACAGAAACAGAAUUUCUGGUGGAAUUCCUGCUGAGCUUGGGAAGUUGAGUCAGUUGCGUGUUCUGAACCUGGGGGUCAAUGCGUUGACCGCAGAUAUCCCUUUGGAACUGGGAAAUUUGAGCAAGUUGUUCAACCUUAAUUUGAGCCAGAAUCAUCUGACAGGUGAAAUAACUCAGAUUGUGAGCAACUUGGUGAGUUUAGAGUACCUUGAUCUAUCGGGGAACAAAUUGGCAGGAGAAAUACCAGGAGAAGUUGAGAAUUGUGGCAGGUUAUUGAGCUUGAACUUGAGUCACAACAAUUUAUCUGGUGAAAUUCCACGAGAAAUAGGUAGCUUAUCAGUUUUGCAGUAUUUACUGGAUCUCAGCAGCAAUUCACUCUCAGGUUCAAUCCCUCAAGAUCUAGGGAAGCUUGCAUUAUUGGAGAAUCUAAACGUUUCACAUAACAAUCUCUCAGGCCGAAUCCCAACUUCAUUGUCCAGCAUGAUUAGUCUCCAUUCAUUUGAUUUCUCCUACAAUGAGUUAACAGGGCCGAUUCUAAGUGGUGGUGUGUUCCAAAAUGCUUCUGGAAAUGCUUUUGUUGGAAACUCAGGUUUGUGUGGAGAUGCUGAAGGAUUAACUCCUUGCACUUCAAGUCCCACAAAGAACAAGUCUAAUAGCAAGAAUGUUCUUAUCGCUAUCAUUGUCCCCAUCUGUGCCAUAUUAAUUCUAGCAACAAUUGCUGCUGUAGUGUUUCUUUGUCACAGGCAAAGCAAAAUGCUUGAUGAGGAGAUUAAAGGUAGUAAAAGGACUGAUGUUUCUGAGUCUACCAUUUGGGAAAGAGAAGGAAAAUUCAUAUUUAGUGACAUUGAAAAAGCCACAGAAGGCUUUGCUGAUAAGUACUGCAUCGGGAAUGGAGGAUUUGGAAGCGUUUACAGAGCAGUAUUGCCCUCAGGUCAAGUUUUUGCAGUUAAAAAACUCCAUUUGUCAGAUUCCAGCGAUAUUCAAGUAACAAACCACAGGAGUUUUGAGAAUGAGAUUCAUAUGUUGACAGAAAUUAGGCAUCGGAAUAUCAUAAAGUUGUAUGGAUACUGUUCUAAAGGGGGUGGCACAUACUUGGUUUACGAGUAUCUGGAAACAGGUAGUUUGGGACGUGUAUUAUAUGGAUCACAAAAGGGAGUUGAGUUAGGAUGGGCUACAAGGGUGAAAAUUGUGCAAGGAUUAGCUCAUGCAAUUGCUUGCUUGCAUCAUGAUUGUUCUCCACCUGUCAUUCACCGAGACAUAACUUUGAAUAACAUUCUGCUUGAGGAAGAUUAUGAGCCAAGGCUCUCGGAUUUUGGCACUGCAAGGUUGUUGAAUCCAAAUUCAUCCAACUGGACCACGGUUGCUGGUUCUUAUGGGUACAUGGCACCAGAGCUUGCACUCACAAUGCGGGUCACAACAAAUUGCGAUGUUUACAGCUUUGGAGUGGUGGCAUUAGAGAUUAUGAUGGGAAAGCACCCAGGCGAGCUCUUGAAUUCCCUGUCAUCAGUGGCAUUGUUAUCAAACAACAAAGAAUUGCUUCUGAAGGAUCUUCUGGACCAACGACUUCCACCUCCCACUGACCAAAUAACAGAGGAAAUUGUAUUUAUUGUCACCAUAGGCUUAGCGUGCAUACGUUCCGUACCCGAGUCACGACCAACAAUGCGUUUUGUGGCACAAGAAUUAUCAGCAAGAACACAGGCUUGCUUGGGUGAGCCACUGGGAGCAAUAACUAUUAGCAAACUAUCUAGAUUUCAGAAAUAG